AUGCCAGGCGUUUCUCAAAAUGGGGGCAAGAGGAGAGAGUGGGCUGCUUCAAAAUGUUGUGAAGCGGGCAUGGGCAAACUUGGGCCCUCCAGGUGUUCCCACCAUUCUUAACAGCCUCAGGCCCUUCCCCCCUCCCCCCUCAACCACUUAAGCGCAAAACACCUGAAGGACCCAAGUUUGCCCAUGCCAAAGGAUCAGACCUGUGUAAAACGGGGGCAGGAGGAGAAAAGGAAAAGAGUGUUGUUAUUGGGUUGUUGUGCACUGUAAUUGUUACUUUUAGAAUUGUAUGUUGGGCAUCGAAUUGUUGCCGGUUGUGAGGCUGCCCCGAGUCCCCUUCCGAGUUAGAAGGGCAGGAUACAAGUAUGGGAAAUAAAUAAAAUAAAUAUAGCCAUGUUCCAGAAGCUGACGUUUUGCUCAAUUCUAUGGCAGUUAUCUUCAGAGGUUGUGAGGUAUAUUGGAAAACUAAGCAAGGGAGGUUUAUAUAUCUGUUGAAGGUCCAGGGUGGAAGAAAGAACUCUUGUGUGUUGGAGGCCAGUGUGAAUGUUGUAAUUAAUCACCUUGAUUAGCAUUAAUGGCCUUGCCAGCUUCAUUCCUGCCUGGGGGAAUCCUUUGUUCUGAAGUGUUAGCUACCUCUGAUUGAUUCAUGUCUGUAAUUCCUCUGUUUUCAGACUGUUGUUCUUUAUUUACUGUUCUGAUUUUAAGGGUUUUUAAAAUACUGGUUGCCAGAUUUUGUUCAUUUUCAUUGUUUCCUCCUUUCUGUUGAAAUUGUCCACAUGUUUGUGGAUUUCAAUGGCUUCUCUGUGCAGUCUGAUAUCAUAGAGAGGUCCAGUGUUGCUGUUGUGACUAGAAUUCACCCCCUUCGAAAUUGGGGCCUGAGGAAAUGUUGUUGUUGUGAAGAAAUGUUGUUGUUGCUGCUGCUGCUGCUGCAAGAGCCCGUUUCCCCCCUUUCCUCAAAAUAUUGUCCUCAAAACAGCCCAAAAUGGGGGCAGAGGGAGAUAGCAGUGUCGUGGCAAGAGACAACCAGCCUCAAAAUGGGAUGUUUAUGUCUAUAAUUACCGUAACGCCUUAUCAAUGUCUAUUUUAGGGUUGAUUGAUUUCAUUGUGGUAUUGUUCUAUGUGUCAAUGAUGUAAAUUAUGUUUUCCUUUGAUGCUGAUGUAUCUGUAUUAUUGCACCGUAUGCAUUGUUCCAUUACAAGUGCUUGGUAAACCGUCCCGAAUCCCUUUAGGGAGAUGGUGGUGGGGUAAAAAUAAAGUAUUAUUAUUAUUAUUAUUAUUAUUAUUAUUAUUAUUUUGUCCCAUCAGGAGCAGAUUCUCCGCCUCCUUGAAAUAAGGGUAGGAAGAGAUUUUGUGGCAAAAUGUUGCUGUGAUAGGAUUCUGGCUUGCCCAAAAUGGGGCAGUAAGGAGGGGGAGAGUGUUGCCGUGACAGACCCCCCAUCACAAUGUUGUGAAGGGAGCACACCCUCUCAAUGAGGGCAGGAGGAGGAGGAGUGUUGUUGUGACAGGACAUACCCCCUCAUAAUGGGGAGGGUGCAGGAGAGAGUAUUGCGGCAAAUGUAUUGCCGUGACAAACCCCCUUCGAAAUGUAAAGGGAGCCCCCCUCUCAAAAUGAGGACAGGAGAAGGACGAAAGAGUGUUGUUGUGACAGGAGGUAACUCCCUCAUAAUGGGGGAUGCAGGAGAGAGUAUUGUGGCAAAUGGGUUGCCAUGACAGACCCCACCCCCUAGAAAUGUUAUGAAGGGAGCCCACCCCCUCAAAAUGAGGGCAGGUGGAGGAGGAAAGAGUGUUGUUGGAGAUAGUGUGUGACAGGAGACAACCCCUCCUCGAAAUGGAAAAAAAUGAAGCCUACCUAUUAGGAUAGACUUGCAUGUUUGGUUCAAAGAAGUGGAAGCAGGCAAAACCAGCAAGGAAUAGCUUCACAGCCCCCCUUUCCCACUUUUCCGCCAUAGGGUGGGAGGGGAUAGGGCUGAGACAAUAGGGAACCCUAUGGAGUCACUUGGAGAUUGGUAGCAUUGCUCCCUUUGCAGGUUCCAGCUAUACACUCUUAUAUUCCCAAGGCUUGGGCUCCCUUCACUUUAUCCCCCCUCCCCCUUUCAAAAAUCCUUUCCUUUACUAGGGUGGAGUUGGGUCUGUUUUUGUAGAUGGGCUUUUGUCUGCCUUGUUUCUUGAUCAUUCUUUCUCUAUCCCUGCACUGUAGUGGCAAUAACCUAGACUUUUAGAAAGGAAUUUUGUUUUUUGUUUUUGCUCUUCUACCCUUCCUGGAUGGGGGAUGGGGUGGUGUUUGGAAGACAGCUUGACAAGUGGGUCUCUCCCCUCAUUGGAGACACUCCUGCUCUUGUCUCGCUCCACCUGAUUUGCACAUCUAAGACUGAAAGUGCUUUUAUGGUGCUGUGAUGCUGGAUGUCAUCUCACAAUCAUUGAUGGAUGGUGAUAACUCUACAACAGAUGCUUCUCAGUUGGGAAUUGCUGGGGAUUACAUUGGUGGAAGCCAUUAUGUUAUACAGCCUCAUGAUGAUACAGAAGACAGCAUGAAUGACCAUGAAGACACAAAUGGCUCUAAAGAGAGUUUCAGAGAACAAGAUAUAUACCUUCCAAUUGCAAAUGUGGCAAGGAUAAUGAAAAAUGCCAUACCUCAAACAGGAAAGAUUGCUAAAGACGCAAAGGAAUGUGUACAAGAGUGCGUGAGUGAAUUCAUCAGCUUUAUAACGUCAGAAGCAAGUGAGAGAUGUCACCAAGAAAAACGGAAGACUAUAAAUGGAGAGGAUAUUCUCUUUGCCAUGUCCACCUUGGGAUUUGACAGCUAUGUUGAGCCGUUGAAAUUAUAUCUGCAGAAGUUCAGAGAGGCCAUGAAGGGAGAAAAGGGUAUUGGAGGGGCAGUUGCCACAGCGGAUGGGCUCAGUGAGGAACUCACAGAAGAAGCAUUUACUAACCAGUUGCCAGCAGGUUUAAUAACUACAGAUGGCCAACAGCAAAACGUUAUGGUUUAUACAACAUCUUAUCAACAGAUUUCCGGUGUUCAGCAGAUUCAGUUUUCAUGAUGGAAGAAGGCCUUGGACUUGGGGACAUGAGAGAGAUGGUCAACAAACUAGCGAAUGCUAGAGGAAAGGAAAAUUUAGUUUGAAAUGACUGGUAAAAAAGAGAAAAAUGUCACUUUGUAUAUUCAAUAGCUGUAAUGUAGCUGCCUGAGGCUUGACUAAUUGAGGUGUGAACUCAAAUCUUUUUUCAUGAAUGAUUUUAAAAGAAAUUGGAUUUUAAAGGUAUUAAACUAUUUUUGUUUUGUACAAGUUUGUUGCUCUGUAUAACUCCUGUAUGCAUUGUAUAUUGCAAUUUACUACUGUCAGAGAUUUGUAGACAGUUUCUUAUUUUCAUAUUGAAUCAUGUUACUUUUGUAAUUCUAGUAAACAGCUGGGUUUAAUUCUUGUUUUACCCUUUGAAUAAAACAUAAGGGUACAGUUCAUCUUGAAUGCAAGUUGCCUUUCUUAUAAAAAAAUUAGAUGACCUUUUCUUUUGUAACUGUCUUGCAUGACUAAGUUACAAUAACUAUUUAUUAAUAUUUUAACUUUGAAAGGGAAUUCCUCAAGCGCCAGCAGUUCAAAAUCUCCCAGUUUUUAAAAUGUAAUAAUAGAAUUCAUGUGAAUCUGGAAGAAACCAGUCUUAGAACUUAGCAUUAGAAGCUUGAGACAUAAUCUUGGAAGAGCUGCUUUGCACAACUUAAAUAAAAGAGAUGGGAAUUUGACAGUCUACUUGUGUGCAGGGCUAGUUGUGCUGAUUGUCUGGAGCCCAGCAGCAGUGUUAACUGUACUUUGUAGUGCAGUCUGUUUUGCAAGAACUAGAACUAUGUAGUACAAUUUUUGUUGAUCCCAUUGAUUUAGAGGCAUUUGUCUCAUUGUUUUUGAAAUAAAACCCUUUUUAAUUUA